AUGGCCGCACCCGCGCCCCAUGUGCUGGCCUUGCCCUUCCCCGCGCAAGGCCAUGUCAUCCCUCUCAUGGAGCUGUCCCACAGCCUUGUGGAGCACGGCAUCAAGGUCACCUUCGUCAACACCCAGCACAACCACCACCUCAUCCUUGCCUCCCUCCACGUCUCCAAGCCCGACUCUCAAGACGGAAUUACCAGCCUCGGAGGGGUCGACAUGGUCUGCAUACCGGACGGGCUGGCCGACGGCGAGGACAGGAAGGACCUCGCGCGGCUCGCCGAGUCCUUCUCGGAGGUCAUGCCCGGCGAGCUGGAGAAGCUGAUCGCAAGGCUGUCCGAAUCGGCCGGUGCAUGCAACUGCAAGCUGACGUGGAUCAUCGCCGACGCGAGCAUGGCGUGGGUGUUUCCCGUGGCCAAGAGGCUCGGCCUCCGGGUCGCCGCCUUCAACCCGCUGUCGGUGGCCAUGUUCGCCACGAGGAUCCGCAUCCCCGAGCUGAUAAGGGACGGGGUGGUGGACGAGAAAGGCCUGCCGAAGCAGCGCGGCACGUUUCGGCUGGCUCCGGGGAUGCCGCCCAUGGACACCACGGAGCUCUCGUGGAACCGCGCCGGCGGCCCCGAGGGCCAGCCGUUCAUAUUGGACUUCAUCCUCCGGAACAACGCGGCCACCCGCCUCGCCGAGGCGGUCGUCACCAACUCCGUCCAAGAGCUCGAGCCGGGAGCCAUGGCGCUCUUCCCCGACGUCCUCACCGUGGGCCCGCUCCUCUCCGACAAGCCGGUCGCCAGCUUCUGGGCCGAGGACGCCACCUGCGCGGCGUGGCUCGACGCGCAGCCGGCCGGCUCCGUCGUGUACGUGGCGUUCGGCAGCUUCGCCAUCUUCGACCGGGCGCAGCUCGUGGAGCUGGCGGAGGCGCUGGCGCUGACCUCCCGGCCCUUCCUGUGGGUGGUGAGGCCGGACUCGGCGAGCGAGGAGUGGGUCGAGGACCUCCGCCGCCGCGCCGGGCCGCGCGGCCGCGUGGUGGGCUGGUGCCCGCAGCAGCUGGUGCUGGCGCACGCGUCCACGGCGUGCUUCCUGUCGCACUGCGGGUGGAACUCGACGCUGGAAGGGCUGGUCAACGGCCUGCCGUUCCUGUGCUGGCCCUACUUCACGGACCAGUUCCUCGACCGGGGCUACAUCUGCGACGUGUGGCGGACGGGGCUGCAGGUGGCCGCCGGCGAGACGACGGGGACGCUCGUGGGAAGAGAGGCGAUACGGGGCAAGGUGGAGGAGCUGCUGGGCGACGCGGAGAUCAAGGCCAGGGCGCUCGCGCUGAGGGACGUUGCUCGCGGCGCCGUCGCAGACGGCGGGUCGUCGUCGCGCCGGAAUCUCGCACGGUUCGUCGACCUCGUCCGAGGAUCAACGAGCUAGCUACUCCCUAGAACGCCAAUAAUGUGAUGUGCCAUGUCUGACGGAGCGAUGACAAUGACAUCGUGCAAACUCAAACUUCAAAAUUUCUUGAACUUCAAACUGUGGCUAGCGA